AUUUUCUCCCAUGUUGUAAUCUAUAUUGGUACCAGAGAGGGAUAAGAAGAGAAUUGAGUGAACUUAAAGCUUCAAAAAAGUUCUUCAAUUGAAUUGCUAAUUCUUUGAAUAGAUGGCUGAAAUUAAGGUUAACAGAAGAUGGUUGGCAUUCAUGGCAUGGAGAGUUUUUCUGGUUCUUGUCGUGAUGAGCAAUGUGGGGAUAGCAGAGAGAUUACUGAAAGACAAAGGGAACCGACAUGUCCCCAAAGAGACUGUUAAAACACAGGGAUUUCUUGUUAGAGUUGUCAAUUUCCUCUGGCAAAGUGGGAAGUCUGGCUAUGAACCUGUCUGGCCGGAGAUGGAGUUUGGUUGGAAAGUAGUUGUGGGAUCGAUCGUCGGAUUCCUCGGUGCAGCAUUGGGCAGCGUUGGAGGCGUUGGAGGUGGUGGGAUUUUUGUGCCGAUGCUCUCUCUCAUUAUUGGCUUCGACCCAAAGUCGUCCACCGCCAUUUCCAAGUGUAUGAUCAUGGGUGCCGCUGGAUCAACAGUAUAUUAUAACCUGAAACUUAGGCACCCAACCCUGGAAAUGCCCCUCAUAGACUAUGAUUUGGCAUUGCUCUUCCAGCCCAUGCUUAUGCUUGGAAUCAGUAUUGGAGUUGUUUUCAAUGUCAUGUUUGCUGAUUGGAUGGUCACAGUUCUGCUCAUCAUCCUCUUCAUUGGUACAUCUACGAAAGCCCUAUUCAAAGGUAUAGAUACAUGGAAGAAAGAGACAAUGAUGAAAAAGGAAGCCGCUAAGUCCGAAGUAGACGAGUCCAAACCGGACGAUGGAGAUGAACAGGACUAUAAACGGCUACCAAGUGGCCCUGGGAACCAGCCAGUUGACGAAGUAUCUCUACUGCAAAACAUAUACUGGAAAGAGGUACUGCUGCUUGUCUACGUGUGGAUCAGUUUUCUUGUUGUUCAGAUAAUCAAGGAAUAUCUUCCAACCUGUUCAGUCAUGUAUUGGGUUGUGAACUCUUUGCAGAUACCCAUUGCUGCCUCCGUGACACUCUUUGAAGCCGUAAGCCUAUACAAGGGAACCAGGGUGAUUGCAUCCAAAGGAAAGGAAGUCAUAAACUGGAAGGUAUAUCAGAUUCUUUUAUACUGCUCUUGCGGAAUUAUAGCCGGUAUUGUUGGCGGCCUGCUUGGACUCGGAGGUGGCUUCAUCUUGGGUCCCCUCUUCCUUGAGCUAGGAAUUCCUCCUCAGGUAGCUAGUGCGACAUCAACGUUCGCUAUGGUAUUCUCGUCCUCGAUGUCAGUUGUACAAUAUUAUCUUCUCAACCGUUUUCCUGUCCCAUAUGCUGCCUAUUUUGUUCUCGUGGCAACAAUUGCUGCCUUCACUGGCCAGCAUGUAGUCAGAAAGAUUAUUGCAGUCAUCGGAAGAACAUCGAUUAUCAUCUUCAUACUUGCUUUGACGAUCUUUAUCAGUGCAAUCAGUUUAGGUGGAGUUGGCAUUGUUGAUAUGGUUGAAAAGCUGGAAAAUGGAGAGUACAUGGGAUUUGAAAACAUCUGCAAGCUAUCUUGAGUUAUUUUCUUUUCGUUUUGCCUUGUUGUAGGUGGAAUUUUCUCGGUAGAAAGCAACUUCAUCAUCCACACUGCAUUUAACUUUCAGCACAUCAAAAUCAAGUGUUUUGUCAAUUUUUUUUACCUAAAUAAUUUGGAUUUUUAAAUGUGUUGUUCGGACAUUGAUUUUCUUGUCCACUGUAUGCAAAAAAUUCAUCAGCUGAGCUUAUUUAUUGGUUUCU